AUGGCCUCGACGUGCGCCUUUCUCGCAGCGCUGUUGGCGCUGCCGAUCCUGUGGCUGGUCUGCAUCCCACUAAUACUAUCGGCCUGGCUAACCGUCUCCUUGGCCCUGAUCACCUUACUCGUGCGAUUUUCCGUGGUCUACCUUGAGGUUGGGUAUGGCCUGGUCGCCAGUUUCUUUACGCUUCCGACUUCAAGUUCGUCGUUUUUGACAUUCGCUGCAUCGGAGCCUUCUACCCCCGCUGCUGGGAACUCACGGCCCACCUCGGCGUAUGGUCUGAUCCAAGCUCGCCUGAACAACGAUGAUCCCCUCGCAUCCUGGACGCUCACAGGUGUCUCUGAUGACCCGUCAAAGCACCGAAAGAAGUCCUACGCAAGGAGCAUGACUGAGGCGCACAACUUGCCUGCCACACCUUUCAUGAACCUUCCUGUCGGUGGCGAUGAGAGACGGGACUUUGAAGGUGUGGGGGGUUGGCGUUCAUAUCGAAAUGCACAGCCUGCUUCGAGACCCCGUACAUCCCAUUCUGCCCAAGAAAAGCCUUUCAGCUCUCCGUCCUCUUCAUCUGCACAGAGCGUCAGCGGCGAAGUCGACCCCGAAGGUGAUCUCGAUGCCGACGAGCUUGCCUGGCUGUCAUUGAACCAUCGCCUGGAACUACCUUCACAAGUCGUGACCCUAGGAGCUGGAUCAAAUACAGCAUCUUCUGUAAAUACCCCACCUAACAUGGAUUACAUUGAUACCCGCAAUGGAGGUAGCUUCCAUGCCUUCGCAUCAACGACUUCCCCUCGCUUUCAUCACACUCAACACCGUGGAGACCAAAGACAUCACCACCGCUCCCACACCACCUCAGCGCUUACAACCUUCGACCGCCGUACAGGAAGUGGUCUAUCUCUCGCACUCUCUACUCGGCCAGACCACACGGCUCGCGCCGUGUCACCUUCGGCAUCAAGAGUUGCACCGUUCAUGACACCACAACCAUACUCGCCAAUGCAGACCCGACCUUCCACCCACAAUCUAGCGAACAGUAGUGUGUCUCAAACAAACACAUAUCUCUCAAGCUCUGGGGACGGCUUUAGCUCUGGGUUCCUCGGGAGUAGCGGCGGGAGCUUCGGAUCUGGAAGUGGUGGUUACUUCACCCUGCAACGGCCUGGAACCGGGGGAUCUUACAUUGCCCCGCUCUCGGCACAGGAUACACCUUACGCGAGUGGGUAUACAACCCCGGGCACGGGUGUAUCGAAUGAGGACCGAGAUGCGUCGUCUCUGGGGUUUACGCGACUGAUGGCUCAUUAUCCUACCAGCGUGAGACACCGGAGACGAAGUAUUGCAGGUCCUCAUUCAAGGGUAGGCACCAUUGGCGAACAAAUCGGAUGA